CAGAAAUCGAGAUGGCGUCGUCCAUGAGUGGGAUGUUCUCCGGUCAGCAGCCCCCGGGUGUCCAUCCUGUUGGCGCUCCCGGUGGACCGGGCCAGCCGGGCUUCCCCGGCGCAGCUACUACCAGAGGUCCGGGAAAAAACACGCUGGUGGACGAGCUGGAGUCUUCCUUUGAGGCAUGUUUUGCAUCCCUGGUAAGCCAGGACUACGUUAACGGAACUGAUCAGGAGGAGAUUCGAACUGGUGUUGACCAGUGCAUACAGAAGUUUCUGGACGUGGCUCGUCAGACGGAGUGCUUCUUCUUACAGAAAAGGCUACAGCUAUCUGUGCAGAAACCAGAACAGGUGGUGAAAGAGGAUGUGUCAGAGUUACGUAAUGAGCUGCAGAGGAAAGAAUUACUGGUUCAGAAGCACUUGUCCAAACUGCACCACUGGCAACAAGUUCUCGAGGACGUGAGCGUCCAGCAGCGUAAACCCACAGACCUCCCUCCUCCGGGGCCGCUGGCCUUUCUGGAGCAGGCCUCUGCCAGUCUGCCCCCUGCCCCUUUAAAACCAAAUUAACACCAAAGUUACAGUCGCGUUCGUUUUCUGUCGAAGGAAAUAGUUUGCACCCAGAAUUGGAUGUUGAACUCUGACCUGCUGGUGGUCACACCGAAACGGGAAACCCACUUGUUUGAAUUCAUCAAUCAUAAAGGCGGGUUUUGAAGCAAGAUGGAGCGAGUACUUGCAGGAUUUAAGUGUAAUGUGAUUGUAACCAACUGUCACAACACACACCACGUACAUAAUGUGAUGCCUGCCGCCAAGAGACAACCUGUGAGAAAGUGAAGAACAGUUUGUUGUCGCUGUCCAGCUGUUAGAACAUCAGGAUCAUUUUAGUUCUGUAUUCAGUUUUUAUGUAAAUAUUUCUAUUGACAACUUAUUUUUUACUGUAAAAUAAACUUUCUUGUAUUUGA